AUGUUGGAAGCUCCAAAUUCUCUUUUUUCAAUUCCUAUUUUCUUUUUAUUCUCCGCAUUUUCCUUAACGUCUGGUUCCACAUACAAUGUGUUAGAUUAUGGAGCCAAAAGUGGAGGUGAAAUCGAUUCAUCAAAGGCCUUUCUUGAUACAUGGGCAGCAGCAUGUACCUCAACAACUUCGCCAUUGUUAUAUGUACCAGCAGGAACGUUCCUGCUUGGUAGCAAAACGACAUUUGAUGGGGUCGAUUGCAAAAACAGUGUCACGGUACAAAUUGAUGGCACGCUCGUUGCGCCAUCGGAUUACACAGUUGUCGGCAACGAUGGCAAUUGGAUCGUUUUUGAGCAAACUAAUGGGAUUGUUCUUACCGGUGGAACUUUUGAUGGACGAGGUGCUGACCUUUGGAGCUGUAAACAUGCAGGAAAUCAAUGUCCAGUGGGUGCAACGAAUUUGGCGUUUUACGACUCAAACAACAUUCAAAUUAGCGGCGUAACAUCGGUAAACAGCCAGAUCUUCCACGUUAUUAUUCAAGAAUGCACAAACGUGAAUAUAAAAGGACUCACCAUCUCAGCUCCAGGAGAUAGUCCUAAUACCGAUGGCAUUCAUCUUGCAAAGUCUUCCAAUGUCAAUGUGACCGGAUCCACCAUUGCCACCGGUGAUGACUGUAUUUCAAUUAGCUCUGGUAUCUACAAUGUAUGGAUUGAAGACAUUCAGUGUGGCCCUGGUCAUGGAAUAAGCAUUGGAAGCCUGGGUGCCGAACCCAAUGAAGAAGGGGUGCAAAAUGUUACGGUGAAACACUGUACGAUACAAGAAACACUAAAUGGAGUAAGGAUAAAAACUUGGGCAAGGCCUUCCACUUCAUAUGUGAAGCAAGUGAUUUUCCAAAAUGUAACCAUGGUUAACGCCGGAAAUCCUAUCAUCAUCGACCAAAACUAUAGUCCUGGCAGUCCCGAUGUUGGAGAUUCAUCUGGGGUUGAAAUAAGCGGAGUAACAUUUCAAUAUAUUCGUGGAACAUCAUCAACAAAAGCAGCAAUUUCAAUUAACUGCAGUCCAUCUAAGCCAUGCUGGGGCAUCACAUUGCAAGAUAUUGACCUUACUUCUGGUGAUCAACCAGCUGAAGUAUCAUGCUCCAAUGUUUAUGGAAGUAAUGUUGGCACUGUUGUACCCGCCGGCUGCAUCAACAAAUCUAUCGGGAAAUAA